AUGAACCCGAUUGUUCUGGUGGGUCAUACUCUAAGACAACAUCUGUAUGACAUUCCUGAACUCAGCAUUGGAGACUUCUUGAUUUGGGAUUGGAGGAGCUGCGUUUGCAUUCUUGGCAUUCGCAUUCCUAGCGUUAGCUCUACGAAUGAGACAUUCAUAGCAGGUAUAUGUAAACAAGUACAAGAUCCUCCUUUUUGCUUAAACACUUUUAGAAAAAUUUUAGCCCAUCCGUAUGUUCCUGCAGAAGUAACACGAGCCGCUAUCGCUCAAUCAUUACAAAAUGCUAACAAUAACCAUGCUUUCAUACAAGUAGCUAAAGCAGCUGCAAAAGACAAAGAGACCCAAGACUUGUAUGCCAUUUGUGAUAGUAGUUAUGGAUUAAUGAUAAUCGUUCUUCAAGAUGCUGCCCAAUCAUUAGCUAAAAAGGAUUAUAAUGGCUUGGAAACUGACCUUUCAAGGUGUCCCAAAUUUGUGAGUGAUUGUAAAAAUGCACAUGGUAGCAAGACAACGCCUCAAAUUUUAGAUAGAAGUAGGAAACAACUUGAUCUUAUAAUCAUGUCAAAAGUUGCUGAAGGUCUCAUUAAGAAAUAG